AUGGAUCCCGAGAACAUUACUCUCGCGAACGCGACGGAGGCCACCUCGGACUUGUGGAUACGUGUUCUACCGCAACAUGUAAAGGUCGGUCCUAUGCCGGCAGGUCCCGUAUCUCCCUUGACACUUCCUAUUCGUGAGCUUGAAUCCCGCCCUGCGACCCUCAAGCAUUUCCUCGACAUCAUUUACGACUUCGAGGGACCCAUCAAUCACGAUCAGCUAGGCCCCAUCCUUCGAGAUCAGGCUUGGGACGAGCUGCCAGCCCCAUUCGGAUUCCAGAAGAAGCUAGAGGUGAAGUUCUUGAUGCAAGUUUUUAUCCGCACCCAGGCAAACGGCAAGCACUGCAUCGUGAAACACGUUUUCCUUCCCGACAACAAGAUCAAAGCUUCACUCGUAAGUGGUUGUGGCUAUGGAACCCUUCAUGAGGUCGUGUGGGGACACAAUCCGAAAACUACAAAAAAGGCUCUGCAGUUUAUGUUGGAGCAGAUGGGCGGUAUCCAAUACAGACUUUUUGUUCUUGCCCCUGAGCAAAAGAAGAAAGUAAAAGCUGUAAUGGAGAAAUCCGAGGAGGAGCUGGAGAAGGGGUUUCAGUACAUCCGGGAGCAUGGUGAAAGGGAUAAGGGGAAUUUGAAACAGCUUCUAUGGAUCCAGAAGAACGUCGCGGCAAACUCACCAAUAAAGGGUUGGAAAGACGGUCUUGUGCAACGGUGCCUCGAUAGCUUGGCCACCGAUGCAACCAUGGCGGACUUGAUCACCCGGUCCGACUUGGUUAUUUCUGACUUUGAAGAUGAAAUCCAGGAUCUCUUUUUCAAGAUUGUGCCCUACCUCCGCGAGCAUGCUAUUUGGGUAUUGGGAGAACCGGGGAAGGGCAAAACGCCGUUGGGAAGGGUUUUAGCCAUGAUGUUCAGUCGUUACCAUGGCGGGGUGGGAAGCUACCGCAGCGGUAGUGACUUUGACUAUUUCCGAGGAUGCCCAUUUUCGACAGCUGUCCCAGCCAUUUACGACGACGGGGAGAUCGGGUUGGAGCCGGUGAAGAAAAAAAAGGCGUUUUCGGAUGUUGCGGAUACCGAGACACUCACCCGUGAACGGUGGACAGCAGCGAAAUUUAAACAAAACCAACUUCGUGUAGUCAUCGACAACGCCUACGAGCGGGUGCAGGAGCCAGAGAUUGUGCCGGGACCCAACCCAACCAUCUCACACGACGACUUCGUUAAGAUGAUCCGCCCAGCACUCGGAGACAUUUCCUCAGUCGACACCAUGGCAAUCUUCAAGCGGUCCGUAUUCUUUCUCGUCACUAAGACCUCCGUCUACUGGCGCUUGCCCGGUCCCCUUGAGAAGCCUAUCAAUCGCAAAAGUUGGCUUCUUCCUGACCUCAUCAAAGCAAGUGCCAAGCCCAUCAUUGCUAACUUCAAAAGGAAAGGCCCCCCUCCCGCAAAUCAGGAGAGUCGGAUUCUUUGGGAAAAUGCGUGGUUGCUCGAGGCCAUUCGUCAGCAUGACCAUCCAGAUCAAGCCCCCGUUCCUCGACCUUGCCCGGAGUCUAUUCGUGUGAAGAGGGAGCGGUUGGCAUUCGCGCAGUCGCUUUCUUCGCAAUCGGUUCGUGCACCCAUUGAGUUGGAUUCCCCAUCACCGGCAAAGAGGGCGAGACAGGGUGAAUGCAACAUCAGGAAUCCGGAUUUCGCAGGCUUGCCCCCCAACCCCGACGCGGAUGAGGAGCUGCAGAGCAACAAUGGCGGUGAUAAGGAUGACUUAGAACAGGAGCUUGAAAAGAUUCUCGAGGAGAAGUCCCAGAAAUCGGAUGAUGAGAUGGAUGUGGUGGAGUCAGCGUCCUGA